GGAUGCACUUUCACCUUGUUGUGUGUGGGCGGUGGGCGGAGGUCGUCGCGUCUUCGUCGUCGGUAGUCCUUUCGCGGGUGUUUUUCUACGGUUGAAAACAGAUUGAGCCGGCAUCCUGCUGCGAAAAUUCGAUUUAAUCGGCACGUAAUUGUAAGUACGGCUAGAUUGGGUGCUGUAUCUGUGCGUUGCACCGCAGUGAAUCGAAACGGUGAGUUUUCGUCAACCUAUGGACGCCAUGUCCGAAAAGUUCCCGGUGAAACUGUGCCGUGAAAUUCACGACCCGAGCAAUCCGCUCGUUUUUCUGGACGUGAGAAUCGGCGAUGAGCGAGUGGGACGAAUUGUGAUUGAAUUGCGAGCGGAUGUGGUGCCGAAAACGGCUGAGAACUUCCGAGCUAUUUGCACUGGGGAAAAAGGCACGUCCGCGACGACUGGAACACGGUUGCACUAUAAGGGCAUUCCAUUUCACAAGGUGAAAUCGUUGUUUAUGUCUCAAUCGGGGGAUAUUGCCCAUCGAAACGGAUCCGGCGGAGAGAGCAUCUAUGGGAAGACAUUCGAUGAUGAGAAUUUCACUCUGAAGCAUGAGGAUGGAGCGGUUAGCAUGGCAAAUUUUGGCAAACCCAACACUAACAACUCGCAGUUUUUCAUCACGUCCGGGGAGUGUCCGCACCUGAAUGGGACUCACGUGGUGGUAGGCUACGUGAUCCGAGGAAUUGGAGUUAUUGGCGAAAUGGAGAAAUAUGCUUCGGAUGAGGGACUACCGACCAAGGAGAUCGUAAUUGCGGACUGUGGCCAGAUUGCUCCGGGAGAGGAUUGGGGUGUCAAUGACUGUGAUGAGACCGCGGACAAGCUUCCUCCGUUUCCGAAGGAUUGGUACAGAUUCGAGGAUAAUUUCACGAUCUCGGAAAUGUUGGGCCAUUUGGAUUCCAUUAAGGUAGCAGGCAAUCAUUUCUUCAAGGAGAAACAAUGGGUUGAAGCGUGCCGUCGCUACAAGAAAGCCGAGCGUUACUUUAACUUUUUCAACAACAAAAUUCGCACCAUCGAAGAUCGCAUCAAACUCGAACAGUUCCAGUUGAUGAACAGUCUCAACCUGGCCGCGUCGCUUCUCAAAUUGGAAGACUAUGAAAACGUCUUGUUCGCAUGCAACUUAGCGCUCGGAUUGGAUCCGACAAACACCAAGGCGCUUUUCCGGAGGGGCCAAGCGCACCAUAAAUUGAAGAACUACGAACUGGCCAUAGCGGACCUGAGCCAAGCGUUGCAGCAGAUUCCCAGCGAUAAGUUGAUCCAGGGUGAACUGAGCCAAGCGAAGGCCAAACUUGGCGACUACCGAGCCCAGCAGAGAAUCGCUCUUACAAAGUACUUCAACUGAAGUAUGAUCGUAUGAAUAUUUUAUGUGUUGGUCGUUUUAGAUGGUAUACUCUUUAUAUAUUUACAAGCUGUGCUGUGAAAAGUUUGGUGUUUUCGAAGACAAAUAAACUACGAAUCGUUUAAUUUCAAA